UUUUCCACGGAAGUAUUAAGCUAGACCGAUAACAUCUUGCGUGUAUAAUUAGACAAAGAUUGAGUCACAAUUAAUUUCGUUCACUUUAUUUUUUAAAAAAUCGCAAUGUCUUUUACUUCUUAUUUUACGUGCUUUAUAUAAGUGUAUCUGAGUUUAUCAUUGCUAUCAACUGAACUACUGUAAUUAAUACUUACAGCUACUUGUACUCAAGAAAAAUAUAAAUAAAAUAAUUAACAGGGAGCUAAGGAAAUUAACCUUUUAUAUACAUAACAAAAAGUUAUGUAAAUAUCUAUAAAAGUAUAAUAAGUUACAUAUUGAAUUAAAAUUUAGUUACUAUUUAAUACAAAUGGAAGGUAACUGUGAAGACAAUAAAGUAUCUAAGCCAAAUCCUUGGCCAUACAUGAAUGUGGGUUCAUUGACCAUAUCAUUUUUUACUAAAUUGGCAACUGUUGGUUUUAUUUGGAGCUGGGGAUAUCUAAACUUAAAUAUAGCAUGGUUAAUUGCACCAAUUGCUUUGGUAGCAUGGAAAACAGAACGCAGGAAAGACAACGAAUUAAAAGCAAUUACUGCCCAAGCUAGUGUUAUGGCUAAAGAAAAAGAACUAAUAAUGAGUCGAUUGGAUGAAUUACCUUCUUGGGUUUACUUCCCUGAUUUUGAUAGAGCUGAAUGGUUAAAUAAAGUUUUGUACAAAAUUUGGCCAAAUAUAAAUCAAUUUGCUCGUGAACUUUGUAAACAAAGUAUAGAACCUGCAAUAGUAGAAAAAUUAGGAGAAUACAAGGUAAAGGGAUUUCAAUUCGAAAGGCUGGUCUUAGGUCGUAUUCCUUUAAAAAUUUAUGGUAUUAAAGCAUAUGAUAAAAAUACUUCAAGGAAUGAAGUCAUUGUGGAUGCAGAUGUUAUAUAUGCUGGUGAUUGUGAUAUUACUUUCUCGGUAGGAAAUAUAAAAGGUGGUAUUAGAGAUUUUCAGAUUCGCGGAAUAAUGAGAAUAGUUAUGAAACCACUAUUACCUGUAAUUCCUAUAGUUGGAGGUGUGCAAGCAUUUUUUUUAAAUCCACCUGCUAUUAAUUUUAAUUUGGUUGGAGUCGCGGAUGUUCUCGAUUUACCUGGAUUUAAUGAAAUUUUAAGGAAAACGAUAGUGGAACAAAUAGCAGCCUUUGUAGUAUUGCCAAAUAAAAUUGUUAUACCAUUGAGCGAGGCAGUACCAGUUGAAUCAUUAAAAAUACCAGAGCCUGAAGGUGUUUUAAGAAUUCAUGUAGUAGAAGCAAAACACCUUAUGAAAAAGGAUAUAGGAGUGUUGGGUAAAGGUAAAUCUGAUCCAUAUGCCAUUAUAAAUAUUGGAGCACAAGAAUUUAGAACAAAGACUAUAGAUAAUACUGUGAAUCCAAAAUGGGAUUUCUGGUGUGAGUUUAUAGUGGAAAAGAGCUUGGGAGCCUAUUACAACACGGUGGCUGCCCACCUUUUUGACAAAGACAACGCUGGUCAAGAUGAUCCACUUGGCAGGGCUACUAUUGAAGUUAGUAGAGUGAAAAAGAAGGGAAAUAUUGAUACAUGGAUUUCAUUGGAACAAGCAAAACAUGGUAUGGUUCAUUUACGUUUAACAUGGCUUCAACUUUCAAAAAAUGUUGCAGAUUUGCAAGCUGCAUUAAUUGAAACUCAAGAACUCAGAAUAACAUCAAUGAGUACAGCUCUUCUUAUACUUUAUAUUGACUCAGCAAGAAAUUUACCAUGUAUUCGAGGUAAUAAACAACCUGAUGUUUAUCUUGAAGCAAGUGUUGGAGGAAGCACAAAAAGAACAGGUACUAUAUUACGUUCUUGUGAUCCAGUGUGGGAACAAGGUUUUACCUUUUUAGUGAGCAAUCCACAAACUGGUGUUUUACAUAUAAAGAUCACAGAUGAAAAGACUGGUGUCAUAGUGGGAGAAAUGAGUCACAAUAUUUCUUUACUUUUAAAACAAAAUAAUCUUGAAAUUACACAACAGCCUUAUGAUCUGCAAAUGGCCGAAGUUGAUAGCAAAUUAAUAUUAUCCAUGUCACUAAAUAUUUUGAAAUACGAAGAACCUGAGCCUACUUCGGAAGAAGAUGACGACGACCACGAUAUUAAUCAACUGAAUAAAAGAAUCGAACGCCAAGAAUCAAAUAUCAGCACGAUAUCAACUAGUCUUCCAGCUAGUCCAUUGAAUAGACAACCUUCAAAAGAAUCAGUUAAGAGUUUAACACACAGUACUGGAUCUGCUGCCGUAAUUGUACCUGAAGAAUCAGGUACAGCAGAGGAGGAAUUAAUCGUCAUUGCUACUGAUCAAUCUUCUGCUCCUGUUGGAGAUCAACAGUUAUUUCAUAGGAAUCCAAAUAUGACAUCAUCCGCGGGUGAAGCUAAACUAGGUCGAAUACAAUUGUCUCUACGUUACAGUGUACAAAGACAGAAGCUUAUAAUCGUUGUACACAAAAUAGCUAACUUACCUCUACCACAAAAUGAUCCGUAUAACAUACCAGAUCCAUAUGUAAAGUUGUAUCUUCUACCUGACCGUCAUAAGGAAACGAAACGUAAAACAGCAGUAAUAAAGGAUAAUUGUAAUCCAAUAUUCGAUGAACAAUUCGAGUAUGUUGUUUCUCAAGCUGAUUUAAACAGUCGCACAUUGGAAGUAUCUGUAUGUACUCAAAAGGGUUGGUUGUCGACCGGAAGCAACGUAAUGGGUCAACUUUAUUUAAGUUUGGCCGAAAUCGAUGUCACGAAAUCGUCCACAAGCUGGUACGAUAUACAACCAGAGACUAAAGACUAGAAGUUCAAGAAAAGCAAGUGGAGAUUUGAACAGUUGUUUAUAUGUUUUCGAAGACAAUCUGUUGAAUUUCCACGAUGCGAGUUUUCGAAACGCUGACGUCUGUAAUCAUGCGUUUAAACCAAAUUCCAUCAUACUAUGAAGAGUAGAAAAUUUUUGGAAGGGUUUAACCGAUAUGAAAGUUCUGAGAAAGUGUCAAUGAGUACGUCUAUUAUCUAUUUAUACUUGGACCGUCCACUGUCGUAAAACUUGUUUAAUUUUGUAGUUACUGCGCGCGUGCGCGCCGUUUCCUUUUAUGUUAUGUUAUCUACGCUUAUAGAAUAUUUUCGUCGCUAACAAGUGCCAGUAAAACAAUUUAUUGUUGCUAGUAUCUGCAUAAUAUACGUGCGAUAGUAACUUUACGCAUAUUACGAUUAUACGCAUAAUAUAACAUCUGUUAUUCAUUAAACAUGACUUAAUCUUUUUGCACAGAGGUUUAUUAAUAGGGUGUUUUAAAUUAUGUUUGAUCAAUGAAUGUAUGAUCUUGCUUUUAUUACGCUUAACUUAUUGAAUCUAUUACCUCAUUUACUACAUACUUGUGAUUUAUUUACCAUUGAUGCAUUUAUAUCAUUUGAAUAAUGAGUUACCAAUUAAAUAGUAUCAUGAUCUGUACAUCAUGCUCUUAAGUAAUAAAAUUAAUAACAAAUUAUAGUCAGCAGUAUCGUUUAAAACUUAUCACUAACAUAGGUUGUUACGAAUCAAACUAAUAUAUAAUAUAUACGUGUUAUUAGAUUUAUACCAGAGUUUUUGCUAUAUUGUAUAUUGCUAUAUAUUAUAUAAAUUUAUGUUUCUGCAUAUACUGGUAUGAGAUAUUACCAGUGCAAUAUUGCAAAUUGUUGAUGAUAAUAAAAUUAAAUAUAUAUAUAUAUAUAUAUUAAAGCUGCAAGUA